CCUCCUCCUCCUCCUCCAUCCCUGUGAGUCAGACGGUGUGUCUGGAGGAGAGUGGAUGGAUGAAGGGCCGUCUGAGGAGCUGAGACGUUUCUCCUGGUUGGUCUGAGGAGGAUCUCCUGCUGCUCCGUCUCUGAGCUCCUCUCCGUCCCAUUCAGGGGGAUGAAUGGAGGCCAUGGAGGGGAAUCCAUCCCAGCAGCAGCAGCAUGCCGGUAACGGCUCCCACUUCCCUCCCCCUCCCACCAUCAGCCCGGCUAUACCCCCCUACGUGAAGCUGGGUCUGACCAUCGCCUACACCAUCUUCUACUCGCUGCUGUUCGCCUUCGUCUACGCCCAGCUCUGGUUGGUGCUCCGUUACCGACACAAGCGCUUCAGCUACCAGACGGCCUUCCUGUUCCUGUGUCUGCUGUGGGCCGCCCUCAGAGCCCUCCUCUUCUCCUUCUACUUCAGAGACUGUGUGACCGCCAACGCUCUGGGACCCUUCGCCUUCUGGCUGCUCUACUGCUUCCCGGUCUGCCUGCAGUUCUUCACCCUCAGCCUCAUGAACCUCUACUGUGCACAGGUUUACUUCAAGGCCAAGUCCAAGUACACACCUGCCCUGCUGAAGUACAGACUUCCUCUGUACCUGGUCUUCCUGGGGGUCAGUUUCAUCUUCCUGGUGGUGAAUCUGGUCUGUGCCCUGCUGGUGAAGAUGACUGCUGCUGAUGUGAAGACCAUUGUCCUGGUGAGGGUGACCAUCAACGACAGCCUGUUCGUCCUCUGUGCCGUCUCGCUGUCCGUCUGCCUGUACAAGGUGGCUAAGAUGUCGCUGGCCAACAUCUACCUGGAGUCAAAGGGGACGUCAGUGUGUCAGGUGACUCUCAUCGGCAUCAUGGUGGUCUUACUGUACGCGUCUCGAGCCUGUUAUAACCUGGUGGUGCUCGCCCUGACCAACAUCGAAACCAUCAACUCCUUUGACUACGACUGGUACAACGUCUCAGACCAGGCAGACUUGCGCUCGUCGCUGGGAGAUGCCGGCUACGUCGUGUUCGGAGUGAUUCUGUUUGUGUGGGAGCUGCUGCCCACCUCGCUGGUCGUCUUCUUCUUCAGGGUCCGACGACCUCCUCAGGACAGGAGCACCGCUGGGUUGCCAAACCACAUCCUCUCCUCCAGAGGAUAUUUCUUCGACAACCCUCGCCGAUACGACAGCGAUGAUGACCUGGCGUGGAGCAUUCCUCCCCAGAAUGCAUCAGCGAGUCUUUCAUCGGACUGCUACGACUGGGGCAGCCGCCACAGCAGCUUCACCGUUCACACCAACAGCGACGAGCAGCGCCUGACCGCCACCGCCGGAGAGCUCCACCCUUACCCAUGAUCCUCCUGUCCUCUGUACAGCAGCACUCUGCACUCUGACACCAGUCGGUCGUUGUGUUUGGUUCUAUCACUGACGUAGAGGUUUGUAGAGUCACAGAACAAACAUGAACAGGGUUCCUACAUGGAUUACAGUCAGGUUCAAAAGCAGGUUUCCUUAAUUCUGUGUGACAGUAAAGGACUGAUCCAAAGAUCGUAACACUUUAUUGGUCCCAUAUUUUCCAGCUAACUGAAUGAAAAUAUGCUCCUCAUAAUUUAUAAAGCUUGACUUGAUUAUUGGCAUUUCUGCAGCUUAUUGGUGGAACUGCAUUCGUUUCAGGAAACUCAGAGAGAUGUUGAUGCUAAUUUAUGAACUAUUUUUCACUGAUGUAAUGUUUUCAUACUGUCCAAGCUUUGCCUUAAAAUCUUAUUAAAAUAACCUUUCCCGUUUUCCUUUAUAAUUAAUUGGAAUUUACACCUUGAUGUUAGGUCAUUUUAAUGAAAAUAGAUGGAAUUUUCCUCAAAAAUAUCACACUAGUAAAUGAAAGCAUUACCAGAAAGCCUUUGAUAAUAGAUCAAAAAAUAAUGUCAAUUAAAGCUUCAAGCAGCGUUGGUCGGGUCCUCGCAUCCUUGUGGUUCCGCUAUCUCACGCAUGUCCACCAGGUGGCGCUGCAACUGAGAGCGUGUAUCAGCCUAUGGAUGCCAUUGUAGCCAGACUCUGAUCAUACAUGUAAAGUUUGAGGCAGAUUGGUGCUUGUAAAGGCCAGUUAUACACCACUUCCUGUUUGAUGGUGAAACACCCAAAAUGACCGCAUUCUGCUGGUCUCCAUUUCCACGCCCUCAGACUUUUGCAGAGCAUUUUAGUAACUUUUGGUCAAUCAUGACUGGUGUAAAUCCUGGCCAAAUUUGAACUCUCUCGGGGUUACGUUGUUGGAGUUUAUACCUUUUAAAAAAUGUCCAAAAAUUACACAAAAUUCUCCAAAAUAUGAAUCAUAAUUCAAAAUGGCCAACUUCCUGUUGUGUUUUGGGUAUUGGUGCAAGAGGUUUUUUUUGUACAUCCUGAUGAGUUCAUCAGGACGUACAAAGAUAUAUGCGUACCAAAUUUUUUAUACUACUACAUGGUGCUCGGACCCUAAUAUCUGCAGAUCUUUAAAUUUCUCUAUAAUUGUUUGGAUGAGGAUUUUUAAUCAAAGCAACAUGGAGGCAGUAUGGAGACCAACAGAUCUGUAAACCUAAAUUCUGUUACUAUUUACAUUUACCACAGUGAGCUUAAGGAUGACGGAUCAUUAAAUUUGGUGACAGCAACGUCAAAAAACCUGCAACCAACUAUGUUAUAGCUGUAAUGAAAUAUGAAGAUAUUUGCUCUGAUUGUGAUGCUGGUUUGAACUGAGUUCUGAGAAGUGGUUAAAAUGGAGGAGCUUUGCAGGAAUUUGGUCCUAAUCUUUUUCCAGACUAACAGCGUGUAGGAACCCUGCUCCAGAGAAUGCUGAAAGUCGUACUCUGUAGAUGAUGUCGUGGUGCAUCUUUUAAAGAAUGUUUCUUCAUCAUUUGAGGAGUAUUUCAAUGAGGAUUACUCCGAUAUGAAUCUGACACAUUCUCCAUUUUAUCUAAAGCAACUUUUGUUUGGUGCAUUUCAUUUACAGACAAAGAAAAAAGAAAAGCAAAGUGUUCAAAUGAAAAUGACCCAAAUAGAGAACAUAGAAGCGUAAAUUGGUUUGUGUUCAGCCCUGCCUGGACAUGAAUGCUCUGAUCCUCACUGCUUUAAGAUUGUAAAAUACAGACUUUGUAACUGAUGAAUGUAACGCUGGAGAUCAGGCCGAGGUUUCUAACUUGGUUCUUGGUCUUCGGAGACAAAGAUGAGAUUGACACCAACACAGCCAGGAUAUUCCUACAGCUAGCUUCCUGCUGGACGACAGUUUGUGACUUUUCACAACUUUUCCAUUUAUUUUAUUACUUUACUGUCAGUCCUUUCCAGACAACCAAUCACAUGUUAGAAGGGGUGGGCUGUAUCACCAUGGCAACACAGAAAAAGAGAGGAGAAGCUUUGAACAUGUUGUGACAGGGUUGUAUUUAACCCAAACUGGGCCAUUUUCCUCGACAUAGCCCGGUCGUUUUGGUGCCUAAACUAGUCUAACCUUUUUCCAGUAUCAGGAGUUGGAGGGUUAGAGGGUGAACAGGAGAGGUGACAGUACAGUACCAUGGGGUGUGAUAGUGUUAUUUAUCACCACAUCAGACAAGCAUCCAUGCAGCCUGACAUACUGCGGUCUUCCUGUCAGGUAGUCCGAGGUCCAGGCCAUAAGGUCCUGGUCCACAUGAACCCAAACUGGAGAGCCACACCAUGUUGAAACAACUGGAGGAAUCGGAAAACUUUGUGACUUUUCCAGAUGAGAAUAAGCUCUGUGAAGUGUGUAGACCAGGACAUCCUCCAUACCAGCGUCCGCCCGGUAUGCAAACUGCAGCAGGCCCAGGACCAGUGUCUCAAUGGUUUUCAUGAUGUGGGACAUCAAAGCCACUGGGGGCACCGGGACUAUGCAGGAUGUCUUCCAGAUCUUUGGCACCUUCUUCAGUCUUAGGGAGAGGUUAAAGAGGUAUGUGAAGGUUCCUGCUAGUUGUCCUGAGCACAUCUUGAGCACCUACGGGUUGAUGUUGUCUGGUCCUUGAGGGUUCCCAUCCCACCUGACAGGUCCUGAAGACUAGGGGGGUUUGAGGUGAAGCGGGGUUUGGGCUGCUGUCUGGUCCAGCCUCCUGUCCAUCAUCAUCCUUCCCUUGGAGGGAGGUGGAGGUGUUGUUCCUCAGGGUCUGCGUGGUGUCUGGUGGAAGCAGAGCACCAGUCUGGUCUUGUGACGUUGCAGUGAGGGGAGCGUGGGUGAAGGUUUCAGGGGAGGUGGAUGUCGCCACAUCCUUUAUCAGCAAGCUAAGCCUGUUGAAAACCAUGUUUAGAUGUCAGCAAGCUCCUUUGUCCCCUCUACAGCUCCUCUGGGCCUCAUCAUGCCAGUGGUGGUCUGGUGUUGGGAUGUGGUGUCAAAAGAACCACCGUGGUCUAAUGGAUGACAUGUUAAGCAGCCUUGGUGGCAGUAAACUCUGGAGGCAGACCGUACAGCCUCAAUCCCACAGCUAGCGGUUCAACAUCAGGCAAACAGACCUUCCCUCUCACAGUCACAUGUCCAAGGUUGCUCCAUUUGAUGUUGGCAAAGACAGCGAGUCCUCCAUUGGGCUUCUCACCGCUUUGACUCUGUCCACCCAGUUCCAGUCAGGUACCUUCCUGUUCAGACCUGUCUCCAUCCUGCACAGUAAACUGAACUCCAGAUACUAACUCUGUCCACUUCUAAGGACCGAGAGUUCAUCCAUUUUGUUCAGCAGUGACCGUACAUUCCCCAUCAGCACCGCAGGAAGACAGGACUUGUAUUUCCACUUCUUCUCCACCUUCUUUCCCCUCACCGCUGAACCUGCUCGAUUCCCUCAUCAUCUUCUCCUUAGUUCCUUCGGAAUCUUUCGGACAUGCAGCUGACUGAUUUUGGAGUCGAUGUAGCUCUUGUCAUGUAUAUCUCAGGCUGUUGUUGUUGUUCUGUCAUUCCGUAUCGUUGAUUGAAACAUGCUAAAAAAGUGCUGGUUCGUAAAAAAAAUAGUGCUCCCAAUGAAAACAAUCAGUGUGAAAGAAGCAUCGGUGCUGUCAAAUAUUUACAGUCAUGGACGAAGAUAUUGGCACCCCUGGAAUGUUUCCUGAAAAUCCACCAUUUCUCCCAGAAACUGUUGCCAUUACAAAUGUUUUUGGUAUACACGUGUUUAUUUCCUUGAUGUGCAUUGGAAAAACACAAAAAAUCAGAAGAAAAAAGCCAAAAUUAACAUAAUUUUGCACAAAAUUCAAAAAAUGGGCCGGACAACAUUGUUGGAACCUUCAACCCAAUCUUUGGUUUCACUUCUUUUGGAAGAAAUAACUGAAACCAGUCACUUCCUGUAACCAUCAACAGGCUUCUUACUCCUCUCACAUGGAACUCUGGACCACUCUUCUUUUUCAAACUUCUGUAUAUCAAAAACAUUUGUAACUGCAACAAUUUCUGGGAGAAAUGGUGUAUUUAUGCCAGGGUCUCCGUACUUCUGUCUGUAAGAGUUUCAGUGUGGAGCUGGAUGAGUCAGUUUCUUCUAGUCUGAAGCUGAGGGUCUGAGCCAGAAACUAGUGGCUUUGGGGUGAGUCGUUUUCUCAGCAGGUGUUUAAAUGUCUCAGAACCUUCAGUGUGAAAUGAACAGAUGGGAAGGUACAGAAUCAGAAUCAGUAACGUAGGCUUUGAACCGGACCGCCAUGAUCAAGAGGAGCUGCUAACUUACCAGCUGAUCGGUUUCAAACCUCAGCUCUGCUCAUGAGCUCUGAAAGAACAAAACCUCUGAUACCAACAGCCCAUAGUGAGGUUCUCUGUAGGACGUCUGGACUCAGCCGUAGACAUCCAGAAGGAGCUCAGAGUCGAGCUGCUGCUCCUUCCUACUGACAGGAACUAACGGAGACGUGCUCUUUACUGCUGUCUGACUGGUUUAGACAUAGUUGAUUCUUUCCUGCCCUGAAUAAUCCUUGAGAAACUCCUCAGGUCAUUUCUGUUCACAUAUUUUUUGUCAGAACCUCAGAUGUAAACACUGUCACCUGAUUGGACGUGAUCAAUAAAUGUAAAUAUCAAUAAGCUGACAACCAAUCACCUCCUGUGUUGUACAUCCACGUUUCUAAGUCUUUUCUAACGUGUUGAGUUUCAUUGGACUUCCUGUUGAAUGAAAAUAAAUAGUAGCUGUUAACUAAUUCUCAUUUAGGACUGAACUGUUGAACAGAAGUGAUGUAAACUGAAUGAUCCAGAAGCUUCAGAACCAACCAGGAAGUUCUGCUGGAAACGGAUCUUGUUUUGCAGCGUUCACAUUUCUGUAAUGAUGCUCUGGAAAAAGCCUAAACUCUAUAUUUCUACCAGACGCAGGUUUUGUAAAUUCUUUGUACAGCUGGGAGGACGUAUUUUGUAGUUGAGCUCUUUUGUGUUUGUGGUUUGUGUGUUUGUGAUGACAAAAAAAAAACAACAUUAAAAAGACAAGUUGUGACUAUCAGGACAAA